UAAUCAUGGCGGAUGUGUUUUUCACGUCGAGUUUUGCAGCCCAGACGUUUGUGAUGAUUUAAUUUAAAUAAUUUAAAACCAACAAUUGAUCAAUAAAACCGCAUCACAGCAGCGAACUAUUUCCUCUGAGACUAAACGACUGCAGCUCCGCAGAGUCGAAGCUGCCGCGUCACCGCUGUCUGCCUCGGUAUCGAUGCGCACACAUCGGGACUUGAGACCCAGUUUGGUUCGCUCCCUGAGCCCCGCCUGGGGGGGAUGAACCCUCCGGAGCACACGGAGGAUUUUCACCUCAGUAACAAGUCAAAGAGGAAAUCACAUCCACUUUGUGAAAACAACACAAACUAACGAUGGGUGACGUGAUGGUCGAGGCGGAAGAGGAGGCGACCGAACAGGAAGUGGGCUCCGAGCCGCUUCCAGAGCCGCUGCUGAUCAUCCUCUCCCCUCCUCCGCCUUUCCUACCGGCCCCCGGGCAGCCGACCAUGUUCUGGCACAAGUGGCUUAAAUCUUUCCACCGCUACCUGGAGGCGCUGGGGGAGCACCAGCUGGUGGACUCCAGUAAGUGCGACCUGCUACAGAACUGCCUCGGUCCGGAGGGGCAGCACGUCUUCGCCUCGCUGAUCCCGGGCGGCACCACGUACGCCGAGGCCAUCUCGGCGCUGACGGGCUUCUUCACGGCCGAUCAGAGCGCGCAGAUGUACCGACUCGAGUUCCACCACCGGGCCCAGAUGCCCGGGGAGACCACGGAGCAGUUUGUGGCUGCGUUACAGGACCUGCUGUGGCGCUGUGACUUCGGAGACUCGCAAGAAAAACGUGUCCUGGAUCAGCUGAUUGCAAAAACCAGCUGCCCUCCACUCAAAGAGAGGCUCCUCCUGGUGGAGGACACGCUGACCUUGGCCGAAGCGUUGCUAAUCGGCAAAGAGGUGGAAUCCGCUUUGAGCCAAUCGGAGGCGUUUGGAUUUGAGGAGGUCAGUGUGGCGAUCGAGGACGAUUUGGACGUCCCCGUUCGGAUCAAAGCCAAAAGAGGACGACCGAGGAAGGGCGAGAAAAGACCUGCAGCAAAACCCCUCGUGAUUCAAACCUCCAGAAAACCCUCGAGACGCAAAGACAACUUCUAUCACGGCACCGAUAAACUCUAUAACAGUUCCAACGAUAAAGAUAAAUGCAAAAGUUCUGCUGAGACGACUCCUGCGUGUGUCGAACCCAGCGAUGAAGGUGAUGGUGAUACUGAAGCCUCGUCAUCGUCACAGAUGGUGAAGGAGGAAGCCUGCGACGAUGAUGAAGAUGAUAACGAUGAAGACGAUGAUGAUGACUUGGUAGAUUCCACAGCCAAACUCAAAGGGCCCUACUGCCCCUUCUGCCCCGGCCGGCGCUUCAGAGACGCAAACAAGCUGGGCCGACACAUGAGGACGCACACCAAGGAGAAACCGUUCAGCUGCCCCGUCUGCGCCCUGACCUUCAGCCAGUCGUACCACAUGACCCGACACCUGAGGAACCAGCACGGCGCCGGGCAGCACGUCUGCUCCACCUGCGGGGAAAGCUUAGGAAGCUUCGCCGAGUUGAAGAGUCACAAGAGGACGCACAACCAGGCGCUGUCGUGUCCCGAGUGCGGCGAACAAUUCACAAACCACGACACGCUGCGCAGCCACGUGCUGUCACAUGACACAGUCCAGGAACAGACUUUAGGGCAAAGUGAGGAAGCGGUGGAUCAAGUGACGGUCGACUCGAGUCCGAACAACGACAGUAACAACGACUCAGACUCUGGUUGUGUUGAGACUUCGGAUAGAGGAUGUGAAGUUGAUAUCAAGAUGGAGGAAGACUCUGUGGCUAUAUGUCGAGACGGAGCCGGUAAGAAAGAAAAAAUCGCUUCCAGGGCGAAACCGAAAGGACACUUUUGUCCCAUCUGUGACGGCCGGCGCUUCAGGGGACCGAACAAACUCGCCAGACACAUGAGGACGCACACGAAGGAGAAACCGUUCAGCUGCCCCGUCUGCUCUCUGACCUUCAGCCAGUCCUACCACAUGACCCGACACGUGAGGAACCAGCACGGCUCGGGCAAAUACAUCUGCUCUAAAUGUGGGAAAGGUUCCAGCAGCUGGCUGGAGCUGAAAACCCACAAGAAGACUCACGCAGGAGACGGUCUGAAGUGUCUCGCCUGCGAUACACAGUUCAAGGAGAAGGCGGCGCUCGUGAGUCACCUCAAGCUGCACAAGAAGGUCCACACCAAUCCGCGCAGCCUCAUCUGCGGCGAUUGCGGCAAAGUGUUUCGUCGAUUGUAUCAUUUGAAACGUCACAUCAAGACCCACCGCAAGGCGGCCAGCAGCGAGAGCUUCACGUGCCCCGACUGUCACAAGAAGUUCUCCUUCCCAGAGGACUUGAACAAACACCUGGAGGUCCACGUGAAGGAGAACAACGGGACCUGUCCGAAAUGUGACCAAACCUUCCACGGUCCCGAGGAGCUGGAGACGCACAUGGAGGUCCACGACAAGACGUACGCCUGCAGCACCUGCGGGAAGAAGUUCAAGGUGGAGUACGCGCUGAAGAAGCAUGAGCAGGUUCACCAGAGCGAACAGUAUUAUUGUUCGUUGUGCCGAAAGCGGUUCAUCAAGCUGUCUCACUACAAGAGACACCUACUGGUCCACGAGCGGCGGGAAUGUAAAUGUCCUCACUGCGACAGCGUCUUCCUACAGGUCACAGCUCUGAAGUAUCACCUGAGGACCCACAGCGAGGAGCGGCCGCACCAGUGCGUCUGCUGCAUCGAGACCUUCGAGGUGGAGGAGGACCUGGAGCAGCACCGUCUCAAACACAGGAAGUACAAAAAAGAGAGGCCCUUCUCCUGCACUCGGUGUGACUCCGCCUUCCCCACGCUGGUGGCGCUGACGGAGCACAUGAGCGAACACGAGGGAGAGCUGCCCUCCAACUGUCCCGUCUGCGGCAAAACCUUCCUGAACAAGAAGAAGCUGGAGAAGCACCUGAGCAUCCACACGGGGGAGAGACCCCACCUCUGCUCCAUCUGCGGCAACGGCUUCCCCUCCGCCGCCAGCCUCAAGCUGCACGUCACCAUCCACACCGGGGAGAAGCCCUUCAAGUGCUCGCAGUGCGUCAAGAGCUUCAGGUCGUCCAGCGGCCUGCGGCUGCACGGCCGGCAGCACAUGGAGGUGCGUCCCAUCUACGAGUGUCCCGAGUGCGGCCGGACGUACGGACGCAUGACGGAGCUGAAGAUGCACCAGCGUUACCACACGGGGGACAAGCCGUACUCGUGCACCUGCUGCAGCAAGCGCUUCAUCAGCAAGGACAAACUGAACGUUCACAUGAGGACACACACGGGGGAGAGGCCGUACUCCUGUCCCCACUGUGGACAGACAUUCACACAGACCGGGGACAGAAACAGACACAUCAGUAAAUAUCACUAGUUAGAAUCCGACAGAGCUCCAGUGAGGCUUCAGUUUUGAAUGGUUGGACCUGUGGUUCUGCAUGAUUGUGUGUGUGUGGGUGUCAUUACGAGUCAAUUCAGAGAAAGUAAAAAGAAACCAAAAUAUGUGAAAAGCUCAACACUAGAUUGUCAUAACUGAUUUUCUGGUAUUUUGUCCAUUUCAUUUCAAUUAUUUUGAAUGGCACACUUUCGCUUGAAGGUUCAGUGUGUAGAAUUUAGUGACAUCUAGUGGUGAAGUUGCAUGUAGCAGCCGAACACCCCUCACUUCACACUCUCCUUCCACACAUGAGAGAGAACCUGUGGAAGCCUUCAGUUGUCCAGUCUGGGCCACUGUAAAAAAAAAACAUGGCGGCGUCCAUAAAGAGGACCCACUCCUUAUAUGUGUAUAUAUAAAGUAUUUAAAUAUAAAAGGGCCCUUACUAGGAUAAAGAAAACAACAAUUCGUACAAUUAGGUGAAACACAUUUUAUUCAAAUUUCUACCAAUAGAUUCCUUUCACCUAAAUCUUACACACUGGACCUUUUAAUGCACACGUGGGCAAAAUAAUUUGAAACCAGAGCGGCACUCAGUCGAGCUCAUUCCUCCGCCAAGGCUCAGCAGACCCAGUCACACACUAAUAAGUAUAAGUCCACAAAUAACGACUUAUUUCUUGUUCUCCUGGAAAACAGUGAAAUGUCUUUAAAAAAUGCUCCAGAUUGAAAUGUUCAAGAAAGUGGAAAAAGCACUUCUUUCGCCCACUGAGCUUCGAGGGAAUCUGUUCAGUUGUUUGUUUGUAGUCGUGCUCACAACAAACCUUGGCGAAGGUAUUUGCUGAACUGUUGUCAAACUAUUUCUCUGAGCAGUACAAGCGUUUGUCGUCCCUGCGGUUUUGUGUUUCUGAACUUCAAGCCCGGGCUCUCCUCCGUAUCACUACAUCACUGUUUAAAUACAGAAGCUCUGCAUGAUGGUUUGGUCCGCCUUGUUCUCGCUCACUCUCCGCUGAGCCGGGUGCAUUCAGCCUUUUUUCUCAUUCAAGCAUCAUAAGCUUGUUUUUACUCUCUCACACACUUCUCACUGUCCCUCGUGGAUUCAGUCGGGAUACGAUCAGUCGCUCACAUGGACACAAAUGACACUAAAAACAAUAAAAAACUGACUCUACUCGCUUCUUCCUGCAAAAAGCAGCUGAAUCUGCUGUUUAACAGCUCAAGGGCAGUGAAGGUCAAACAUUAACAAGACUUAAGAGAUCUCAGCUCAUUCUCUCGCUGCCCGUGCCUCUGUGUGUGUUGUUACGCUGUCAUGUUUAUUUCCCUUUUUUUAUAUGUUUUGUUUUUCAGGCUCCUGUGUAACCAAGCAUUAUUAUCCCUGUUUAGAAAAGUGACAUAAUAAUAAAACUAUUAUUCGACUA